UCUAGUGAUGUCAACGGCGCCGUACUUAUGAGAAGCCCCAAGGGCUUUUUGAGAGUCGAAAAAAUUUUCCCGAAGAGAAGAGGUGCUAGUGACGGUGACAGAGGAGUAUGAAAGUUCACCAGAGGCGACUGUUCGAGGAACGGUCCUCUAAGUACCCCGCUGUCAUGCCGGUGACUCCAACCAUCCUCCUUGCCGUUCUCCUUCUUCACCUUGCACCAUACAAAACUGCUGUCCAGGCAUCUGCUUGGAAUGUUAGUUCGUGUUCGAGUGCUAAUCAACGGUGUAUCAAUCGAACUUAUAGAACUUGCGAAACGAUGUGCGACGAAAACAAAACAUGUGAAAUACGUAUAGGAAUUCUCUUACCAACCAACACUUCUUACAUUGUUAAUAUGGAAAAGGCCUUAGAAAAUAUGCAAGAGGCUGAAGAAGCCGCAAGAAAUAUGGGAUUAUUUCCACCUAAUACAAUAAUAAAAUAUUAUAAAUACGACGAUCAAUGCAAUCAGGAGUAUGCGACACUAGGAGCAUUAUAUUCCUACACUGAAGCAUGCAUCCAUGUUAUGUUUGGAUUAAUCUGUGACUAUUGUCUAGCCAGCGCAGGAAGAAUUGUCAAGUUCUUAGGAAAUUAUGGUACACCUUUGAUAACGCCAGGUGGAUUUGUUUUCGAUUUUACUCAGCAAAAAAUAUCUUGCACUGACGAGUAUUACAUGAUCCUAAAUUCCGGAAUGGUAGAUUACAGAUCGCUUUCGGAAUUCUUUUUAUUUAUCAUGCAGAAAUAUGGAUGGGCAAGUAUAGCACUGUUGUAUUUAAAAUCUAAUCAAAAUGAAGUAGCGGGGUCAGAAAGUUGCUAUUUAUUAGCUAAAAGUGUUAUAAAUGAACUGUCUCAGAUCGAACGCUUAGCAUAUCUUGAUGGAGAUUUAGAGUUGAAUUCGGUUGGGUAUAAAGAAUUUCUUCGAGAAAGGGUUGGCGUCAGAUACGGAAUUAUAUCGAUUUGUGGAGAUUAUCAGAAUGUGAGAGAAAUUUUGAUCGCUGCAGAAGAAAUUGGUAUGAUGGACAAAGGAGAAUAUAUUUUCUUUUCUUUCGAGUUAUACAACAACGCUCCCAUCCCAUCUCAGCCUUGGUACGAUCCAAGCGAUACAAACGAGAGAAACCAAAAAGCAAAAAAGGCAUACAAGUCCACCUUUAUUUUAACGCCAUCGAUUGAGGCUAAUUACGCCGAAAUGAACUCGACGGUAGAUGGCGACCGAGGGAAAAUAUUUUUAGAUGGGGUUUACGACGGAAUGAUGCUGUAUUCAAAUGCUUUGAAUAAAUUAAUAAAAACUGAUGAAGACGGUUACGCGCGACCGAAUCAAACCAUUAAAGGUACAGAUGUUGUAUCGACUGCAUUUGGUAUGCAGUUUGAAGGUAGACGCGAAAAUAUAACCAUGAAUUGUAAUGGACUAAGAGUUGUGGAAUAUGCUCUGAUGCAAUUGAACAAUUCAAAUAUGAUACACUCUGUAGCUUAUUAUCAAACAAGAACUAAAACCGUUCAGUACGUUAAAAAUAUCACUUGGGUCGCUGGGAAUGCUCCAUCCGAUAUUCCAACAUGUGGAUAUGACAAUUCAAAAUGCCCCUCCGAAGUGAAUAUUGUUCUAAUAGUAGUUUGUGUUACAUCAGGAGUAGCACUCAUUAUUUUAUCAACUUUCCUGUACAGGCAUUACAAGUUAGAGGCUGAAAUUGCUUCAAUGACAUGGAAGAUACACUGGGAAGAUAUCGUUUGGUUGCCAAAUACAAGGGGGCGCGGUAGUUAUCAUUCGACGGAAUCUUUAGCAAAAAGACUCAGCAUAGGGACGUUCCAAUCGGAAAUAGAAGGGCUGAGUUUAGCUGGUGAUAGACAAAUUUACGUUCCAAUUGCUUUUUAUAAAGGGAUACGAGUGGCUGUAAAAAAGUUACAAGAUAAUAAAAUAGAACUGAAUCGAUCGCAGUUACUGGAAUUAAAAGUGAUGAAAGAUUUGUCUAAUGAUCAUUUGGUUAAGUUUUAUGGUGCUUGUUUGGACAGUCCACACUGUUGCAUCUUGACUGAGUAUUGUCCCCGGGGAAGUCUCGAAGAUAUUUUAGAAAACGAAAAGGUUAAACUGGAUUGGUUAUUUCGCAUGUCCCUUAUUCAAGACAUCACACGGGGUAUGCACUAUCUCCAUUCGAGUGACAUAAAAUCACACGGAUCUCUUAAGUCUUCAAACUGCGUUGUCGAUAGCAGAUUCACGUUAAAAAUAACCGAUUUUGGAUUACACUUUCUAAGAUCAUACGCACACGACGAUUUCACUGACGACGAAAAUUCUUAUUCAUAUUGGCAAAGACAGUUGUGGACGGCACCGGAGUUACUUAGAAUGGAUAAUCCACCAAAGGAAGGAACUCAAAAGGGCGACGUCUAUUCUUUUGCAAUUAUCGUUCACGAAAUAUUUACACGCCAGGGGGUCUUCUAUUUAGGGGAUUCAGUACACAUGACACCUAAAGAGAUUGUGGAUGCUGUUAAAAACAAACCGGAAGGGCUUCUAUCGCAGCCGUUACGACCGUUGAUUGUUUCGGAAACUUGUGAGGAAGACGUUGAAAAUAUUAUGAAGCGGUGCUGGGCAGAGGAUCCAGCAGAUCGACCGGAUUUCUCCGUUCUGAAGAACACCAUUCGCAAACUGAACAAGUAUGAGCUCUCGUUUUUUUUCUUUUCUAAUAAAUCUACUUACUUCUUUUCACAUAUCGGAACAAAUUCGAAACCGUAACACGU